AUGAAUGACCCGAACAACCCCAACAACAAGAACAACAACAAGAACAACCAAGAUGAUAGAGGUGACAAGCUGGGAAAAAGAUCAGUUCCUGCUGAUUUGGAUGGACCCUCACAGCCACAGAAAAAGUUCAGAUUUCUACCUACUCAUCUUGGUUUUGAUGUUGAUGUCAAUCAAGAGAUAUACUCAGGCCAUCAGCUCGGAUCAAAUUUCACACAAGACAUGCAAAUGGCGUCAAGCUUUAGAAAAAUCAAUCCCACAAGCAAUAUAAGUAAUUUGAUUCAUGGUUGGGGUAGUUCUCCAACAAAUGUGUCACAAAGUGGGUAUAGAUUUUAUCAAAUUCCAAUAUCAGAGCCUAAAUCUGAAAAUCCAAGAAAUGAUGAUCUUGUUGAAUCAAGAAGACAAGGGAAGAAGCAAGGUUCCAAGGAUAACAGUUGUGAAAAACAAAGUUGCUUGAGUCUAUACUGUGAAUGUUUUGCAAGCCAACUAUAUUGUCUAAAUUGUGAAUGCUCAAACUGUGAAAAUACUGUUGACAAUGAACAUGAGGUAGCUGCUCUCCACAAGGAGUUGCUGGAAAAAAAUCCAAUUGUAUUUGAUUCCAAGAAUUUUGCAGAGCAACAUAAGAAAGGAUGCACUUGCAAGAACUCCUGUAUUAUAGUUUCUUCAGAAGUGAAGACUCAAGCAGAACAGGAUAAUAUGCAAGUAGAUGUGCCGGUGAACAAUUCAUAUCAUCCUCCUAUCAACAGUGGACAAGGUUAUGAUAUUAGGAUGAUGCAAGGUUUACAGGGACACUCAAAUUUCCAUGAUUCCCAGUUCAACAACAACAAUAGCUGGAGAAGUUUCACAUUGAUGAAUGAGAGCAUUGAAACAAACUAUGGUACACUGCCAGUGGAAUUGCAUGCUAUUGCAACUCUGAACGCUCAGCCAUUCACUCCGUAUGCAGAAAACGUACCCAAUUUGUAA